CCUCGGCUGUGCCAAUCUGGGUGUCUGGAAACAUGCGCUCGCACCAGCCUGUGUGACCUGACGCCACUCCAUUGGAUCUUGGAUCCUCCCCAUUGGAUCCCCAAUUGGCUAGAACUCCAUGGAUGGUGAUGUGCAUGGCCUGUAGCCUGCCAGCCAACAGUUGGCUAUCGACCCAGCAGCCCAGCGCUCCCAGCACUCACUCCCAGGUGUACCGCAACCCACUACAGUAGCCCACACCACCAUUCCACCUGGCCUCCACCCGCUGGCUGGCUGCAACCGUUUCGGUCCCUCGCCCGUCUGCCCCCUUUUUCCGCAUUGGAGAAUUGACACGACGCCUGCCUCGCCCUUGCUCUCCUCGGUCUCCAACUACAGACUGCCGUGAUAACGAAGAUUGAAACCCAAAGCGACGCGUUUGCGACGACGGGGUUCCCUGCCCACAAGGAAGCCACCCUACCUACCUCUCUUCCCCACGGUUCCGCUCGCCAUCGGGGGUCCCUGCCUCACAUCGCCUGUCACGUCGCAAACCCCUCAUUUCUCCCUUUCCUGGGCCGCCUCCGAGACACAAAAAUAAACAAUCCUCACUCACUCCCUGUUCGCCGCUCGCGCUCCCAUCCAAAUCAUCCCGGCCGAGCGACCCGGAUUUUCCUUCUUUUUCUCCCUUCCUUUCUUGCUCCCAACAGCAACGAAACGAACCAUACAAACAAACAGAUCUCCCCCGAAACCCUCGAACUAGACCACAAACGUCGCUUGCCCCGCCCCUCGAUCCGACGACACGACCGCUGCCUGUCCUGCGCGCUGCCGCCGUCUCGAUCAGCUUGGCAGAGCCCUCCUUUGCCUCCCGUCUUAUAUUUUUCCCUCUCGUGUCACGUGUUUGCUUGCGGCUGUUUGAGAUGGGUAAAUCACAGUCGAAGUUGUCGCAAGAGCAGCUGGCCGAACUGCAGAAGUCGACACACUUCGACAAGAAGGAGCUGCAACAAUGGUACAAGGGCUUCCUUAAGGACUGCCCCUCGGGGACGCUGACCAAGGAGGAGUUCCAGAAGAUCUACCGGCAGUUCUUCCCGUUUGGCGAUCCAUCAUCAUUUGCCGACUAUGUAUUCAAUGUAUUCGACAGCGAUAAGUCGGGCACCAUUGACUUCAAGGAGUUCAUCGUAGCCCUGAGCGUCACCAGCCGCGGGAAGAUGGAGGAUAAGCUGGAUUGGGCCUUCCAGCUCUAUGACAUUGAUGGCGACGGCAAGAUCAGCUACGACGAAAUGUUACAGAUCGUCGAGGCUAUCUACAAGAUGGUCGGAUCCAUGGUCAAACUCCCCGAGGACGAGGACACACCCGAGAAGAGGGUGCGCAAGAUCUUCCGCAUGAUGGACAAGGACGAGAACGGCAGCUUGGACAUGGAGGAGUUCAAGGAGGGCAGCAAGAGAGACGAGACAAUCGUGUCCGCCUUGUCUCUCUAUGACGGCCUAGUCUGAUACAACGGGCUAGCCGGCUCCUUCACCCAUCCAUCCUCUCCAAACAAACCCAAUCCUAAUCCUCAAAGACGUCCAUUUCCACUUGUACUGCUCUCCUUCCACGCCCUCAAAACCUAGCGAUCCCCUGGAACCUUUUUCCGCGCCGACCCUUGAAGUCCGACGCAUUCCCCCCUGUCGAUCCUCAAAGCUUCUUGGAAGAUAGCGAGCCGAUAGGGGCUGAUUCUUGUCUGCUGUGCUUGUCUUUCUCGCGCUAUUAUAACCUUUUCGGGCUGUUUGUAUAUCCUCCCACUGUUUCCCACGCACCCACAAUCUUGACGCUUACAAGGGCGUCGCGAGAGGGGCACAUCAAGGCUAGACGAGCGCGAUGGCGCCGUCAUGUUGACUUGCAUAACCUGCUUUGACCCAUGCCGUCUAUAGGUGAAUCUAUGUAUACCUACGAAAGUACCCCAUUGAGUCGAGGGGG